AUGGCCUUGGUACCAUACAAUUCUGGCCAUCAGUACAUCGACGAUGAUAGUGAUAUAGAAGUUGUCCGUUCUUGUAAGAGCGGAUAUGUACACGAUUCGGGUUGUGAGCAGAAUGUACCAGUCAAUAUCAUCAUCGCUGCCACUUUGAAUGGAGCCGUUACAGCAUUAGAUGGAGAAACGGGUGAAAUGAUUUGGAGACAUGAAGAUGCGCCACUUCUACAAGGAACUUUGACCUCUUCUGAACCUAUCGACAUUGGUGGAACUAGUUUGCAGCUGAUGCCAACAUUGGAUGGAAGACUGUUCUCGUACACACACAACACAAAUCUCAUCGAACCACUGCCAAUAACAACUGAUUCACUUCUGGAAUCCACAAUUCGUCUUGGGCAAGAUGCGGUCGCCGGUGGGAAGAGUGUCACGACAAAAGGAAUUGAUGUGUUGACGGGGGACCUCAAGUACGAGUGUUCAGUGGAAUCUUGUGGGAAUCAAGACGCAGAGCUUCCUCAAAACCCAAUUCUUCUCGUGAAACGUAUCACAAACUCGAUCCGUGCAAUGGAUACUCGACGUGGAAUCGAAAGAUGGAACUUGUCGACUGCUGAGGUAGACGUCAGCUUGGCUGGAGGAGUUUCGGUGUCUUCAAUCCCACCAACCAACUCCAAAGUUUUGCUCCAACCACCAGACGGAAUUCUUGUAGCAGUUAGCAAGCAUAAUCGUGAAGAAUGGAAAACUGAUGUGGGUGGACAUAUUGUUAAUGUUUGGCAUAUCUAUGGAAACAACAUUGGAGAGAUAUCUCUUUUCGAUCCAAGCAACAUUUUCACCACACAGUUCGAAGUGAUGCAUCGAGAACAACACAACAUGCAGUCACAAUCUUCUCUGCUAUAUAUGGGUACUUCUGGCGGCUUUCCUUUUAUUAUCCAAAGUCCAAAAGCCAAAAAGAACUUGAACAAGAGAAUGAAUGCUUUGCCGGAGUUGUCUACAAUGACAGAGUUCCCUAGUCCACGUUUCUGUUCAGCAAACGAGGAUACGAGAAGUCUGGCAUAUGACAUCAAAGACGAAACAUUACGCACUGUUCUUCAACAUGCAUUUAGAAACUCGCAAAGCAAGGCCAUCGAAGACAAGACUUCUUCUGUCAAUCGACCUAAAAACCUUCAAAUUCUUGCUCAUGACAGUGACAAGUCGGCUCAGAAAAUUGGAACGGAGAACCUUCGCUCAACUUCUCUGUCAAAAUCUGGAGAUCAUGGAUAUCUUGUUUUGGAUGUGACGCCGGCCAAACCAAAGUUCAAAUUGCCGUCUCCAGUAAACAUCGUGCAGUCAGUCUUUCGCUACAUGUUUCAUCCGUCCACUCUGGUCAGCUUCAUUGCUAGCUUUGUUGGUGUCGCGAUGACCACUGUCUACUGGAUCAGAAAACCUUCCCAGAUGAUGAUCGAGCAGCGACCCAGCACUGAUAGCACCGAGAGUGAGAACAGUUCUCAACGAACCCGAAACACGUCCUUUGCUCCAGCAGACGAUGAAAUAGAACGGUUCAUGGAGGAAGGAUCGGAUGUGAGCACCCCCAGCACUCCAGUGAGAAGAGCACUGUUGCCGAUUGAGAAAUCCAAUAUCGAGCUCCGUACUACUCCAGCUGUUAAAACACCAAAGCGUCAAACUAAAACCGACGUCGACACUGAUGAGAGCUCAUUUUCCAACGAUGAAAAGAAAAAAUUGCUGCGAGACCGAACUAUUUCUCGAUCAAGUCUGGAAGGUUUCACCAGUCGUUUUGCAAAUGAAUUUGAAGUCAAGAAAGUGAUCGGACACGGAGGAUUCGGAGUAGUUUUUCGUGCUCAAAGUAUCACAGAUAUGAAUGAAUAUGCUGUUAAACGUAUUGCUGUCGCUGACAACGAGAAGGCUAGAAAUCGUGUUCUUCGUGAGGCAAGAGCACUUGCAAUGUUCGACCAUCCUGGUAUCAUCCGAUACUUCUAUGCUUGGGAAGAAAGACCACCAAGGGGAUAUCAGGAGAAGGAAGACGAGAAUCUUCUUGGAAAAAUGAAAGCUGAGAAACUAGCCAAACUUCACGAGAUAAAGCAGAAAAAGCCAACGAGUGAGGUUCACAAUGUGAAGUCGGCUGACACCGCCUCAUUCGCUGAAACUUUCGAAAUGCCUCCGGUAAUUGGACAUACUGCAGACACCGGAGACAACUGGAGUAACUCAUCAAAGCCAAAAGAAGUUGGUGCAAAACGUACGACUUCUGAAAGUAAACGGGGUUUACAUGGCGAGUCUGACACCACAGCAGAAUUGCAGAAGAAAGAAAGUGUCAACUUCUCAGAGAGCGAUGACGAGUCUGACACUACCGAGGAUACCAGUUCUAGUUCUUCUUCUUCUGGAUCAUCCAUCAGUCACAGCGCCAUAAAACAAACAGUGUAUUCUUCAUCUGGAGGAAUUGUUUUUGGAGAUGGUUCAGAUGUUGGGGAUAAUGAAGAAGUAAAAAAGGCAAAGAUGGAGAUUGCAGUCAUUGACGAGCAAUUGUCUAUUCAUAACAGAGCAAUGAUUGUCGAAACCGAGAAUCAAGAGCUAGAAGUUCGUGAACGAAACGAUACUGGAGACUGUGCAUAUCUUUAUAUCGUGAUGCAAUUGUGCGCUGAGAGAACAUUGGAAGAUUGGAUUCGCAGAAGUAAGACUGUUGAAAGUCGUUCCUUGGCUGUCAUGAAAGAUUGGAUCAAACAGUUGGCCAGUGGUCUUGACUACCUUCACCACAAAGGCUUCAUUCAUCGUGAUUUGAAGCCUGGAAAUGUUUUCUUCUCACUGGAAUCCAAACCAGAUCAUCAGAUUUUGAAAAUUGGAGAUCUCGGGUUGGCAACCAAAACUGACGGAGCACCAAAAAUCACAGUUCGCCAAGAUUCGGAUAGUAGUGCCAAACACACAAGGAAUGUUGGAACUCGCUCGUACAUGUCUCCGGAGCAAAUUGGUCACCAAUUGUAUACGGAGAAAGUUGACAUAUUUGCGUUGGGACUUGUUGCCACCGAGUUGAUCAUCCCAUUCUCAACUGCAAGCGAGAGAAUUCAUACAUUUGGAAGUUUCCAGAAAGGAGAGAUUCCAUCGAUCUUGGAUUCUUGUCCCGAAUCGAGAGAAUUCCUCUUGCAAUUGACAAGCCUCAAUCCGUCGGACCGUCCAACUGCCAGUCAAGUCGCUUCUCACUCUUUCCUCUUACAGUAA